AUGGACCUAGAUGUUGAUAUGGACGCGGAGAUGCAGCUAGAGUUUGUGGAACGGCGUGUGAAGAGGCUUCGAGAAACGGAUGAAGUAGCGACUGCGACUACUCAGUCAAUACAACAACGCAUUGGGCUGCUCGACGUGUCCAAAGAAAUCCUUGCUGCGAUCAUCAGACUAUGCGACGUCGAGACACUGCAGAGCCUCGCCGUGGUCUGCCAGAGGCUCCAUAAUGAAGCAUUCCCGUACUAUAUGAUAGUAUCUGGCCACGUCUUUGAAUGCUGCCAAAUUACGCAUCAAAAUGUCCAGAGUCCACUCCAGCUGUCUUUCUACUAUGACGAAGAAUACCGCGCUAUCGAUGUCAUCAAAUAUUCACCGAUGGUCCUUGCUCUCGGGUGGAUCCACACUACCUUUGGCCCCACCGAUUACUGGAAGAUGGACCAACUGGCCGAGCUAACGAAGGGCCUGCUGUUCGUGGAACGCGUCACUUGGUGGAUGUCCUUCAAAGACCAACCCGGAGCCACAGCCGAUCUAGAUACGCGUGCUGCCAGUUCGUUGAUAGCUCUGCUGAGAGGCCUCGUCAAUAAGGGCUGCCGCCGCAUCAGCCUGAAGCCGCGCGAUGGCGAGGCAUCCGUUCCGCGUGAUCUUCUCUACUUCAAAACCGACGAGCCACUUUACGUCCUUAACGCUCUCGACAGGGUUCAGAUCAGCCUCCCGGUCCUGGGCAUGUCAUACUUCCGCCACUGGGCAAUAGAGUCUCUAAACGCCAGUCCGGUGCGGUGGCUGAAGAUAUGCUGCAAUGGGCUAUCUUCCAGGGUAUGGCGGCGGUUUUUCUGCAAUCUCCAACUACCCUAUCUGGAUCGCCUCGAGCUGGAUAUCGACACACUUGAAUCAGGAGAUCUAGCGGAGUUCCUCACUCGGCACCCAUCUCUCACUUGGCUUGUUGUCCAUACAUAUCCUCUGGACCCGGAGAAAUUCACCCUGCCGCCGGACGCGCUCACCAAGCUGCGCCGCUUGCAUGGAGAAGCAAUUUGGAUAUCUCGCUUCCCUUUGGGCGACAUGGGCUUACCAAAGCUGGAGGAGCUGACCAUCGUGUCGCACAACCAGCGGGGCGCGGCGGAUAUGCACUGGCUUGCGUCAUGUAUGAAGACCCUCGCUACGCGAAAGGUGGACAGGCCUGUGCAGCUGUCACUGUAUUUGAAGGAUUUCGAUCAGUCGUUCGGGGCGACGAGGGUGCAAGAGCCCGCUCGCGACGUGCCGAUUAACGACCAGAGAUUCAGAGAAGCUGUUAGCGUCGGCGACGCUCCGGCCGAAUGUGUCAGUGCGUUGAAGAUUGAGUUGUACCGCGACCUUGCAUUCGGUGUCUCGGCUCACGUAUUAUCCUUUGGGGUCCUGGCUGCCUUGGUGCCCGAAGGUGCAGGUGCAGUGUCUCGUGUUGACAUGCGGUGGGCGGUGCGAGGAGCGCGGAAAGGACAGGCUGCUUGA